GAUAACUGUCAAAGAACUAGACAUAAAAGAAUCAAUAUCAGAACCAGUAAUUGAACUAGUUAGAACUGAAAAAGCAUUAAAAGCUCCUAAAAAAAGAUUGUUAUUAGCUCCUAUUGAAUAA